AUGGCAGCCUCCCUCCCGGGGCUUGUUCCUAAUGGACCGGUGCUGAGCGAGGUCAUCCCCUGGGCCAGGUGCAGGCUCCUCACAGCCUCUCCUGGACUUUGCACAUGUGGGGAAGAGUUGUCCUGCAGCCCCAAGGCUGGGGAGGGACAGAUCCACCUCACAGAGAGCUGCAUCCAGAAGCUUCUGGAAAUUACCAAACAGUCAGAGUUCCUCAGACUGCAAGUGGGGGGAGGUGGCUGUUCCAGAUUCCAAUACAAAUUCUCACUGGACACAAUCAUUAAAACUGAUGACAGGGUAUUUGAACUGGGUGGGGCAAGAGAGGUGGUUGACUGUGAUAGUUUGGCCUUCAUGAAAGGGGUGCAAGUGGACUUCAGCCAAGAACUGAUCCAGAACUCAUUUCAAGUGUUAAACGAACUGCAAGCACAGCAAGCCUGCUCCUGUGGGUCAUCCUUCUCCAUCAAACUGUGA